UUCCCUUAAAAAUAUGGCUUGCAGUGGAAAUCAGAAAUGCAUAUGGAUAAAUGCAUAUUUCCUACUUGAAAUUGCAUGUAAUACAAUAAGUGUUAGGAGAGCAGUAGAGCAUUACAGUUAUAUUAAAAAUUAUAAUCAUUCACUUACAUUGUCUUUCAGCAACUGUUUCAAGUGGAGUUAAAGUAUGACAGGGGAAAAAUAGUAAUAGCAAAAUAAUCUCGUAUAUAUUCCAAACGAACAGCAGACUAUUCACUCUACUUAGUUUUUGGGGUAUAGAUCUGGAAGCUCUUGGGCUUGAUCGUGUUGGUAUAUGUUAACACAGAUGCUUAAGUUCGAUUCUUGUUGCGGGGGAAUCAAAAUCCCAAAAUCAGUGCCUGCUUUCUGCACAUGCUUGUCGGCUAAAAGGCGCGCGCUUGUUUUCCUCUAGCCUUCACUCGAGCUCUCCUCGCCUUCCCCUUUAAGAGUCGCUGUCUGGGGCGCGCUCGGCCAAUGCGCGCGCGCAGAGCGCCUCAGGAGGAGGCAGUGAAAUGCCAGCCAGCGCGCGCUUAAAGGGAUUCUUCCACCCGCCCCUCCGCGUCGCUCUCCCCGGUGUCGUUAGCAUAUCACGUGCCCGCGCUUUAAUGAACCGGACGCGCCGAAGGGGUCGUCGUGCGCAUGCGCGCGCGCGUAAAACUGUAGUUGGAAAAUGAGGCAUCGUCUUGGAGUAGUCGACUUUUAAAAAGCAUCGGCAGCCCGUGAUAUGACGACUUCGCUGGUCCUGCAUCCACGCUGGGCGGACACCUUGAUGUACGUGUACGAAAAAAGCCCGAAUGAAAGUAGCCCGAAUAAAAGCCAGACCAUGGAGGGAUUGAGCGGGAAUUGCCCUGCCAGCCACUGCAGGGACCUGAUCUCGCACCCCGCGCUGGGGCGACACUCGGGCACAAUCGCGACCCACCAGGGCUCCGUCUAUUCGGAUAUAUCCUCCCCUGACGCGGGGCGACAGUGUCCCGCGCCCCAGACCUCGUCCAGCGCCUCUCUCGGCUACGGCUACCCGUUCGGCAACCCGUACUACGGCUGCAGACUCUCGCACUCGCACAACGUCAACCUGCAGCAGAAGCCGUGCUCGUAUCACCCGGCGGAAAAGUACGCCGAGCCCAGCGGCGCCUUGCCCACCGAGGAGCUCUCCAGCAGAGCCAAGGAGUUCACUUUCUACCCCAGCUUCGCCGGCUCGUACCAGGCGGUCCCCGGCUAUCUGGACGUGUCCGUGGUGCCCAGCAUAAGCGCGCAUCCCGAGCCGCGGCACGACGCGCUGAUUCCCAUGGAGGGUUACCAGCACUGGGCUCUCUCGAACGGCUGGGAUGGGCAGGUGUACUGCUCAAAGGAACAAACGCAGUCGUCCCAUCUCUGGAAAUCUCCUUUUCCAGACGUGGUCCCUUUGCAGCCUGAGGUCAGCAGUUACCGGCGAGGACGCAAGAAGCGGGUUCCCUACACCAAGAUCCAGCUGAAGGAGCUGGAGAAGGAGUACGCGGCCAGCAAGUUCAUCACCAAAGACAAACGGCGACGCAUCUCGGCCACGACCAACCUGUCAGAGCGGCAGGUCACGAUCUGGUUCCAGAAUCGCAGGGUGAAGGAGAAGAAACUUGUCAGCAAAUCCAAGUCGAACAACCACAUGCACACUUAACGGAAUGCCUGGCUGAAUUUUCUUUUGCGUUCUUGACAGUCUGCUAUUUACCUCUUCUCAGAAACCAUGAAUGAAGAACAUGCGCCCGAGGCCACGUCCUACCCUCCCCAUCUUGCUCCACUUUAUUUAAUUUAAAACAUGCACACGACGACACAGCCGCUCACGCUUAAGCUUUUGGGGACAUAUGCAAUGCCCUGAAACUGUGAAAAAAAAUAUUGGAAAGUCAUUUCAACUAAGCCUUUUUUUUCUAUGAAUGUACAUAUAUAAAUAUAUAAUAUUUAAAAUGAUAUCUGAGUUUCGAAGGGACACUUGGGUUACGUGCCAUCUUCAAACAGCGAACUGUUCCACGUCUGUUCAUUGGUGUGUAUACAGCCAGUGCCAAUCGCGAGAAGAUACACAAGGACUAGCAAAGAAAUAACUCAAAUGCCGAGAUUGAGGCUGAACGAGAACUUGAACAAAACUCGAGCGGUUACAGCAAAACGAACAAUGUGGGAUCUCUCCGCAUUUUGUGGUCGCGGGAGAUCUCAGCUUUGCUCCAAAUAAGCCUCCGAGGUUUCAAAA